AUUUAGUUUCGGUUUCGUUUGCUUCAUUACUUGUUUUACUUCGUCUUCUGAUAAUAUUAAUGCAUCAAUAUGAUUUGUUCGGUAUUUCCCCUUAAAGCUUACUUAGGUUUUAAAAUUAACUCCUAUUUUUUACAGCUUUCAUGGACUUGUUAUGCUGGAGAAACAAUAAAAAAGCUAUCAUAGAAAAAUUCAACUAGUAUUAGAACCAUGAGUCUUGAGAAUGAUUUACCAUUAGACUCUUUGCUGGUUAAUAUUAGAAGUGUGGUUCAAAGCUGUAAAGGAGGUGUUCUGUUGAGUAACUUGCAAGAUGAUUAUAAGAAACUUAUUGGAACAGGCAUACCCUUUGAAAAGUUUGGCUACAAUAGUCUAGAAAGUCUUCUUCAAAAUGCUUCUAAUUUUAUAUCCAUCAAAAAGAGUCACAAUGGCCAGUUAUUUGCAGAAGCAGUUACUGAUUCUUCGACAGCCCAUUUAGCAAAUUUGAUAUCAAAUCAAAAAAGUGGGAAAUCGAAAAAAGGUCUCAAAGCAACAACUUUCAAAGCAAAAAGCUGUGGUAGCUAUGGCAAUAGAAAAUAUGUGUACUCUUCUGCAGCUAAUGAAAAAGAUAUAGAAAUUGAAGAAUUGAAAAACAAGUGGGAAAAGGAGAAAACAAUGAAUGAAGAACUUUCCUUUGAAGUUAACCGAUUGCAAACAGAACUUAAAGUUGCUAAUAAAGCUUUACAGUUUGAGCGAAACUGUAAUACUCAACUAAAGUAUCAACAGGAGAUAGAAGAUUUGAACUUAAAAUUAGAGAGAGAAAAGAAGAUUUCUAGAGAUUUUGCUUCCCAAAUAAUUCGUUUGAAUUCCUUAGUCAAAAUUAAUCAAGCCACUUUAUCUGCAGAACAAGAUACCAUUAAGAAACUUAAAUGCCAAAUAGGAGCUUUGCAGUCAUCAGCAGUAAAAGAACCUAUUCCCGUGUAUGAAUACUUGGAUUCCACCCAAAAUAGCAAGAUCCAGGAUAAAUGUAAGAGCUUGCAAAACCUAUCCAGCAAUGUUUCUUGGGAUGGCUACCUAAACUUCCUCGAAACUGAUGCCGCAAAGGAAUUAAAUUCUUGCAAUAAUCUAACACCAGAUGAUGAUCCAAACCCCAUGUUGGCGGUCCUUAAGUCUUUUAAGGAACAGAUGGAUGAACAAAUGCAGAAGUUUGUAAAUCAAAUAAAAAAGCAGAAUCAAAAACUGAUGAUGUUACAACAAACUCAACAGAGAAAUUAUGAAGAACUGAAGGGAGAAACUAAGGUUUUAAAUGAAUCACUAAUUAUAGAAAAUAUUGUCCAAAAGAUUCUUGAGCAUCCUCCAUUUUCAAAGUUAGAAAGUUCUCAUUCUUUUUGCGCAUCUGAUAAUAGGUGUCGCUCAAUGCAAAGUAUUACUCCUAUGAGUAGCCAAAGUGAUAAUGAUAGUGAACAAUCGUUUAAAGGACGUCCAAUAUCUAGAUUUGAAGGUAGUCGCUAUGGACCUCACCAAGCAGGUGCCUACAAAGUAAAAAAAGGCUAUUUUGAAGAAGUCAGCUACCAAAGGUCCUAACAUUUUUGAAACUAUCUAGGAGGAAGAAGGAAGGUGAUCUGUGGAAGUCACACUAGUUUCUGAAAACUGCUGAUCCAGAUUUUGAAAUGGACUAAAUAGUAAUCAAUUAGAUAAUGUGUUAAAAAAAAGUGUCAUAAUAUUUUUAAAUUGAUCAAAUGAUCAUAUUUGAAUACUUUUUUAGAAAAAAAAUCUCAAAAAUAUAUAUAUCAAAAUCUUAUAAUUUGUUACUAUUUUUAUGAUUAUUAAGCAUCAACAUUUUUUAUUUCUAAAAAUGAAUCUUUUCAAAUAUAUUUAUUUAUUUGUUAAAUUGAAUUCGUCAUCAUUCUCAGAACUUUUUAAUAAACAGAAGUACAGUGAAACCUCUCUGGAACGACCACUCUCCGUUCCACAGUGAAAUGGACGUCGGUCAUUCUUAGAGGUUACCUCUAUUGACUUCAAAAUUUUUAUAGAAGGUACAUGAUUUCUCGUAAACGAUUUUAAUUCUAGUCAGUGUCAUUUUCUUGGUGUGGAAAUGCCACUUCUGUUGGCGCCAGGAAAGACGGAUCUAUGAAAAUAUUUAGCGUCUGUAAAAAUCAUCUCAACUGAUAUAAUUAUGUGUGAAAACAAAUUUACCAUUAUCAUUAUUAUGUAUGAUUACAAAUAUUAAACAAUUAUGUUUUUGUGUACGUUUGCAUUUGAUUUUAUAUUAUAAAAAUCAGUUGGCUUUAAAAGGUGAAAUGAGGUUUCUUUAUUUCAGAUGUUUGUUUUUUCUAAAAUAAAUUUUUUUUUUUCUAAUUUAACUUUGAACUCUAAAAGCAAAUCAUUGAUAGCAUCAUUUUCAAUGCACUCUAACUGCAACAUGAGAUUGUAUCUCAAAAAGAGCUCUCUAAAUAAUAGCCUCACACAAAUAUUUUAAAUGCAAUUUAAUCUACUUAUUUGUUUUAUUACAUUUUUUGUUUUUAUAUUUUUUUGUGUUUCCUUAUUUGACCUUUUCCGCAUGUUGUGCGGAUGUUUUCCUGGUCUCUGGCUGAGGUUUUAACCCUUUCGCGAUGGGAUGUUACACCGUGCGAUUAUUGCUGAGUUCGGCAGUCUCUCUCGCGAGUGUCUGUCCAGGGCCGGAGGGGUUUUUGCUAUUAAGCCUAAAUCCAUGAAAUAUCAAUGUGUUGUUUAAUAAUGUUCUGCAGAAUAUUUAAAUGGCAUAUGCUUUAUAUAUAUUUCUAUCGAUACUUUAUUGACUUAAGUUAUUUCUUGUUUAAUAUAUAUUUUACAAAAUUUAUUUUCAUUAUGUACUUACUAUUUAAUAACUUUUAACAUUAUAUAUCAGAAAACUAAAUGUAUAACUUAAAAUUCUAAUUUCCACUAUAAACUGGACCGCAAAUCGAAAUACCCAACGCUGUAGCGGAAAAAAACAACCCUCCCCUACUUACUGUAAGCAAAUAUCACGUGCGAAUUUAAAGAGCUGUCAUAAAGCAUGCCAUUCAGAAAAAUUCCUUUCUCCUUCAUUCCUUCCCCCUACAAACCACGUGUAUGUGAGUCAUACUACUCUCAUUUUGAGUAGAAGUAAAAUCAACCCUAAAUUUUUUUUAUCUGUGAAACUAGUAUUUAAAGAAAUCAGUAUUAAAGUAAGGUUAUAGUAUAAAGAUACAUCUUUAUACUACAACCAUAUUUUUUUGUCUAUGUAAAGACGGCUUAAAUUUUUAGGUUAAUGAAAAAAAAUCAAGUUUCACAUUUUUCAAUUAUAUUCUUUUAUGUUUAUUGUGAUGUUUCAAUUGCGUCAAAUUUCCUUGACUAAUCAACAGUGAAGUGGUCAUAAAAAAAAAACAAUACUGUUUCUUUCUUGCCACCCUCAAUAAGAAAAUCAGUCCAUUACCUGAUAUAGUUGUAAAAGACACAUCCAUAAACAUAGAAUUCUUGUUUGAAUAACAAGCAAAGAAUAAUUUAUGCAGACGUUGAGUGCCCAACUUAUGAAGUUAAGAGAAGGGGUCCAGUUAAGAGAAGGGGUUAUUUUUGGAAUUCAUAGAAGACUGUCUGGAAUUUUGAAAAUGUUUUGUAAUGUAAGUUGUCCACCCUGGAAGAAAAAUAUUUUCACUACAUUUAAAAUUAUAAUUGUGCUUGUACCGUAUGAAAUAUUUCAUUGUGAUACUAAUGGAUUGUUGUUUAGAAUAUUUUUGAAUUCACAAUUUUAAUUCUUUGUUUUACUUUUGCUGUUUUAUCAUUUGCUUAAAAAAAUGCUUAAUCUAUAAUUUUAUAGAUUUGAACUGUGAUUUUAACCCAUUUAAUUCAAACUAUCGACGAAAAAAAAAGUAAAAAAUUUUUUAUAGUUAAUUAACAGUUAAGUUGGAUAUUCCAAAUAUUAUAUACGUUUUUAAGUUAUAAAUAUGUAUUUAAUAAUAGUAUAUUAUUUGUUGUAAAGAAUUGCUUCCUACUUCAAAAUGUCAUAGUUUGUUAUAUCUAAUCAUUUAUUGUUUACAAUAUUUUAAAUAAAAAGUUUAAUAUUUU